CCUCCGGCUCUUCCUGUCCUAGCAGAGGUUGCGACACCCUGUUUGCUCCCUCCCUCUUUUCCCCUAGCUUUCUCGGCUCCCGCUGCCUGCUCAGGUUCGGACCCUGGCUCAAGCCAGGGCUCAGGUUCUGGUGCCAGCCGCGGCUCCAGUUCUGUCUUCGGACUUGUCGGCAUCUUGCGCUUAGAUCUCCGUCCCCAAGAGCCUGGCUCAGGUCUCUGACCUCGGAAUCCCGUGCUCGGUUCAGGACUGGUUCGCUUGCUAGCUCGCUCGCGGCUCCCGCAGCAGCCGCUCUGAGCCCUAAUGGGGGAGUGAGAAGCUACAGCCAGGCCGGACAUGGGCCACCCCACCCUGCCUGGCUUGGUGCCACUGGUGGCCCUGGCCCUAAUGGUGGGACUGUACCUUCCCGUAGCUCCUGGGAUGUCUACCCAUAAAAGGCAUCAAGAAAAGAGAGACAUUGAGUGUCCCCAGGGGAAAUAUAAACAUCCGAAAAAUGAAUCUAUCUGUUGUCUCAAAUGUCACAAAGGGACUUAUUUGGAGGCUGACUGUGGUGGCCCAGACCUUGCACCUAACUGUAAGACCUGUGAAAAGGGCACAUACACUGAGAUAGAGAACUACUUCUCGAGGUGCCACAGCUGUUCUGUCUGCAGAAAAGAGAUGGGCCAGAUACUGAAGAAAACCUGCACAGUCUCAAGAAACACAGUGUGUGGAUGUGGGGAGAACCAAUUUCAGCAAAGGCAAGGGGACAAAGAUAAUGGACUCUUUAGAUGUGUCAACUGCAACCCGUGCCUCAAUGGCACGAUACGACAUCCAUGUCAGGAGAAACAGGAUGCUGUGUGUAUCUGUAACAAAGAUUUCUUUUGGCAUGGUCACAAAUGCAUCUCAUGUGAUGAAUGUGUGCCAGAGAAAAAUUGCAUGAGUGUCUGCACCCCAAGUUUUGUUAAAUCACAGCCAUCAGGUCCAGUGCUGAUGCCCUUGGUGAUCUUUUUGGGAUUUUGUUGCUUCUCCCUCAUCUUCAUUGUCUCAUUCUGUCAUUACCCACGAUGGAGGUCCAAACUGUAUGUAAUCGUCUGUGGGAGACAGUCUCCUCCUGUAAAAGAGGAAGAAAAUAAGCGGGCUCUGGUCCCACCCCCUACCUUGGACUUCACUCCUGUCCCCUCCCAAACCCUCACCUCCUCUCCAGCCCCGGCCCCGGCCCCGGCCCCCGCCCCCAUCUCCGUCUCCACCGCGGCCCCUCCCCUCCCCUCCACCUUCUCCUCAAGCAAUUGGUCGACUGUGUACAAUGUACAACCUAUCGUGACGUUGGCACCGCCCCAGCAGCGGGCCGAACCCACCAUUCACUGCGCGCAGAUGCCAUCAGACUGCGUCGUGUAUGACGUCACCGCCCUACGUCUUGACAGGCCAGCCAAGCUGUAUGCAGUGGUAGACGAAGUGCCUCCCACCCGCUGGAGGGAGUUCAUACGCCGUUUGGGACUGAAUGAGAAUGAUAUUGAACUCUGUGAGAUGCAGAACCCCCGCUGCCUUAGAGAAGCCCACUAUAGCAUGCUAGCAGCGUGGCAGAAGGGAGUACCCCGGCACCAGGCCACUCUGGAAGUGCUGGCCCAGGUGCUCACUGACAUGGACUUACAUGGUUGCCUGCAGAACAUCACAGAGACCUUGAAGCUGGGCAACCCCUCUGGACCUCUGUCCCCUCUCUCUAGGUGAGGCUGUACCAAGCACUUAUUUCCCUUUUUUGGCCUCACCCCUUGUGGACCCUUCAUGCAUAUGGGACCUAGUCCCCAAGGAUUAUUUCCCUUCCCAGGAAGGGCUCAGUGGAGCCCCAGGGCAGACCGGGUGGACGAUUUUGAAAAUACCCUGCACUUAUCCACGUCGGCAGUCUUUGGGGAGCCCCAUUUCUGUAGUGCUCCUAGCUCACUGUUUAUUUGGUGCUAUAUGCAGUCAGUGUACCCUGACUUUCUCAGCUAUUAAUGCACUAUGUGAAUGUGGAAAAGUAAAAGGAACACUGCUAAGUGGGGUGUAGUUUUACCAAACUAUAUUAUCUGAGUAGGGUUGGGGAUCUCUGGGAUGCAUCUGAGGAUGCAGAUAAAACGUGGAGCACUAAUGGAUGGAGUAUGGGCAACUCAGGCUACAGAUAAGUAGGCUUGGGCGCUCAGGCUUGGUCACUGCUUCUCCAUACAUGGUAAACAAGCAGUCUUUGUAACAGUUUUUUUUUUUUACACUAAUGUAAACCCAGCAUCAUUCCUUCCUCCUCGUACCACCUCACAUGGUUUCCUCUUUUAUCUCAGCUUAGAGGAGUGGGAGUCAAAUGCUAGGUGUCAUGUGGGUUAGGAGGCUGAAGGCAGAGGCCAGAAUUAUCUUUUUGUAAAUAUUGUACACUAAAAUUUUUGAAAUUAAAGCUCUGGAUCAUUUAGUAAAUGGA